GUCCAUUUCACUGACGUAAUGACGUUCAUAUCACAGAAAGAAAGGUCAAAAGAAAAACAAUAACAGUGUUAUAAUUAUUUUUCUGGUGUUUAAUUCCUCAACAUACUGGUAAAUAACAAAGGAAGUUACAUCACAGAUUUUGUAUUUAGAAACCUAAUAAUUUAAGGUUUCUAAGUUCACAAAACAAAGAAAUGAGUGCACCACCUCCCCCUUGUGAUUGGCAAAUCACUCGAAAAUUGGUAAAAGAAAGGGGCCAAUACCUUCUGGAGACCGGAAUGUGGAGUGACUGUAGAUUCAUCGUGGGAACAGAACCCAAUCAACAAGUCUUGGAAGGUCACAAGCUUUUUUUGGCUAUGUCAAGCCCAGUUUUUGAGGCUAUGUUUUUUGGGGGAAUGGCAGAAAAAGACCCCAUUGCAAUUCUUGACGUUCAACCAGAUGCAUUUAAGGCGCUAUUAGAGUACAUUUAUACUGAUAAAAUUAAUCUCACCUCGUUCGAUCAAGCCUGUGAACUGUGCUACGGAGCGAAAAAAUACAUGCUGCCACAUUUAGUGGAGGAAUGUACAAAGUACUUAUGGUCAGAUCUGUACCCCAAGAACGCUUGUAGAGCUUACGAGUUCGCUAAAUUGUUUGAAGAACCAAUUCUAAUGGAAAAGUGUAUGCUCAUAAUUUGCAAUCAAACUCAAGAAGUUCUUUCAGAGAGUAGUUUUGACGAUGUCGAGUUGAGCACGAUUUUAACGGUGUUUGAUCAAGACGAAUUAAAUAUAAGUUCCGAGUUGGAGCUUUUCUCUGCCAUAUCUCGAUAUGCUGCCAGACACAACCAAAGUUCAGGUGCGAAAGUACCUAGACUAGAUGGUAUAGCCAAUCCCUCGACUGAAGCAGGCAGUGCAAAUCAUCCCACCGUUCGGGACGCAAUCAUGAAAAUCAGAUUCUUAACAUUAACACCACAACAAUUUGCUGAAGUUCCAGCAAAUUGCAAUCUUCUAACGGAAUCAGAGAAGUUCGCGAUUUUGAUGAAUAUAUGUUCAUCAAGUUCAUCUACACCCAUGCCAGCAGGGUUUUCAACAUCCAGAAUUCCAAGGCGAAGGAAGCAAUGCAGAAAUGAAUCAAUUUUCAUGCAGGGAGGACCGUCAUCCAUGGACACAUCUCGAACGUCGAUGAUUAAAUUCAGUUUAUCAACCAACGAAUGCGGCAGCGAAGCCCCAAAAAAACUCUAUUGUUGCCGCCAAUUGUUGAGAAUAACAGAGUGUAUGAAUUCGAGCGUAUUGGACUGCGCACUCAACUUCACUUGUGAUAGAAAUGUUUGUGUGUAUGGGAUUCAGGUCCCAACCCAAAUACCUGGUGACGAUGAAAGACAGCCUUCGUUUUCGUAUCCAGAACUAUUAUAUGCACACUUGUUAGACGCUGAUGGCAGUCGUCUGACAUACACACAUUUUACAAGUAGAGUGGUGUAUAGAUCUCUCAUUGAAAUAUCUUUCAAUCGCCCAAUUUACAUCCAACGCAAUAAGGUGUACAAAGUUGGAGUGGUUUUGAAUAAAAUUGGGCGUUAUCCUAUUGGCACAUAUCCAAGUCAAUCCACUUGUAAUGGAGUCGUUUUUACUUUUAGCCAAGGACAAAGUGGAGACUCAGUUAGAGACGGACUCGUGCGUUCCAUAAUAUUCUCGAUACCGCCCCCGAAUCACAACAGUAUUAAUAACCCCGGCAUAUCCGGUAUACCCGGCGACCACAACAAAAUGACCAACAUCAUAUGAAUACUCCCAUUACAUGACAGCUGCACCUUGUAUUUAUUUUGUGUAAUAGGUUUUAGCUGUAAAAUUGUUCAACCUUUGAAUUGUAAAAUAAAUGGUGAAUAAGUUUGUUGUAA